GUUGUUAUUGCAACGGUUUUUUUUAUCUUCGUAAAAAGGUUAUUUUCUUUCUUCACAAUCCAAUUUUUUUAUCAGCAACCAUUGACGCAACCCGUGACAUUCAAAAAUUGAACACGAAAAAAAAUGUCAACAAUUGUAAUGAAUAGGAAAUCAAAAAUGUUGUCAAUUGUAGCGACAAUAAUCGGCUGUUUGUGCCAUUUGAUCAAUGUCAACAAUGAUGGCGUCAUGGCAACAUUAUCAAGUAAUGAAAAUAAUGCUGAAAAUGGUGGAAUUAAUGGUGAAAAUUUAUUUCCAAUUUAUUCAUCAUCAUCAUCUGAUUCUACAGCCGAAGAUACAAUGAUGAUUAAAUCGAAUAAAAAUAACAUAAAUUUUGAUAAUUAUGAAUCAAUCAAUUCAUUAUUACCAAUUGUUUCGUCAUCAUCAUUAUCAUCAUCAUCGAUGAUGCCAAUUAAAAUUGAAACACGUGGUGCAGAAAAACAACAUUAUUGUGGUGAAAAUCUAAUCAAAGCAUUAGCACUUUAUUGUAAAGGUUAUUAUGCAAAUAAACGAACAUCUGGAUUAUCCAAAUCAAUUAAUCCAAUUGCAGAAGAAACAAUUGACAUUUAUUCAAUUAAAGAUCAUCAAAAUGAACCAAUAUAUAAAAAUAGUGUACAGGAUAAUAAUGUCGAUAAUGAUGUCGAUUUCAAUGAUAUGAAUCUAUUAUUAAUGGUUAAUGGUAAUACUAAUAAUGAUAAUAAUAAUAAUAAUAAUAAUAAUUUUGGCGAAUUAACCUGGUUUGAUAUAUUGAAUAAACAACAUCAAUCAACACAAUUUUAUAAUAAUAAAAUUAAUAACAAUAAGAAUACAAAUCAAGAUUUAAUCGAUUUCUUAGAUACAUAUUCACGAUCAUCAUUGUCAUCAUUACAGAAUCAUAAUAAUCACAAUCGUAUACAAAGACCAAAACGUGGUAUCGUUGAUGAAUGCUGUAAACGUCCAUGUGGAUUAAAAACAUUAAAUCAAUAUUGUGGUAUACGUAAACGUCCAACAUAUUAAAAUUUAUUAAUUUUGUCAAAUAUUAAUUCUCAUAUAUAUUAAUCUCAAAGAAGUAGUUGCCAAAAACAAAAAACAAAAAACAAAACAAAAUUUUUUCCUGAUAUACAAAUUAUUCAUUCAUU